GGUCAUUCUUUACUGGACGCGAAGACUGUGUACUUAAACAUGAAAUCUUUAUCAGUUCUGUGUCUGCUGGGUUUCGUGGCGGUGGCUUUCGCUCGCCCAGAACAUUAUACGGAUAAAUAUGAUAGCGUUGACUUAGACGAGAUUCUCAGUAACAGAAGACUGUUGAUUCCAUACGUGAACUGUAUCUUAGAGACUGGCAAAUGCUCACCCGACGGAAAGGAACUAAAGUCUCACAUAAAGGAUGCCCUUGAGAACUAUUGUGCGAAGUGUACUGACGUACAGAAGAAUGGCACCCGAAAAGUGAUUGGGCACCUGAUCAACAAUGAGAAUGAGUACUGGGAGAAACUGGUGAACAAAUACGACCCCGACAGGAAAUACGUGACCAAGUACGAGGCGGAAUUGAGAACCGUAAAAGCUUGAUUACGAUGGCUUAUGAACACAUGGUUGUGAUUAGUAUUAAAAGGAUUGUAAUUGGUG